GGCAGCAUCCCGGGCGUUUCCAGCGAGCUCCCGCCAGCAGCCCGGCACCGACUGAAAUUCAGGCUUCUUCAGAGAGGAGAGGAGGAGAUCCUCGUCUGCUGAAACCUCCUCAAUGAGUGCCAAGCUAUCCAAGGAGUUGAGGCUUUCCCUGCCACCUUGUCUCCUGAACAGGAUGUCUGCCACCUUAAAUGCCAGCAGCACCUGCAUCACGGAAGUGGGUCAACUCUUCCAGUCCUUCUCAUCCACCCUGGUUUUAAUUGUCCUGGUUACCCUCAUCUUCUGCCUGAUCCUCCUCUCCCUCACCACCUUCCACAUCCACAAGAGGAAGAUGAAGAAGCGGAAGAUGCAAAAGGCUCAGGAGGAGUACGAGCGGGACCACUGCUCCCGCAGCAGCAGUAGUGGCAGCCGGCUCGCUGGGACGGGGAUGCAGGGAGAGGCAUCCCACGGAAGAGACAGCCGGCUGGGAAGAUCCCCCCAGGACUCGGAGGUGCAGUGCCCCUCUCCCCCAGCAGCCCCGAGCUCCCAGCAAGCACGGGCUUGUUUGGACACAGCCGGCUCGGGGCUCUUGCAGACGGUGAUUUGGUCAUGA